GUGGCUGACUUCUGGCGCAUGCGCAAAUGUACUUGAAGCGGAGCAAAAAGACGAAGACCGCAUCCUAUGGUUGUUCGGAGAUUCUUCGAAUUCACGAUCUUAAAGUCAUAUGAUUCACAGCAAAUAUAGCAACAAAUAUCUUAAUUCGUAUUUUCCAAAGCCACGAAACGUGCAUUGAGUUUGGAGCGAUAUCUGAAGUGAAGAUUGAAGACGUGAUAGAAGAUGGACGACUACUGCUAUGCUAAGAUGGCGACGUCCGCUAAAAGAGAACAUGAAAGAGAAUCAGCGCCACCAACUUCCAGCAAAUCACCAACGGAGAUAAAGACGAAAGAUGAAGACGUCCAGCAGCUGAUUGGUCAUCCAGAAGAAGUUUCCCCUCAGUUAGGGGGGAGCUCCACUUUGAAGCAGGAGACUCCACAACCACCCUGCAUUAAAAAGGAAGAGGAGGAACUCUGCAUCACUCAGGAGGGAGAGUGUCUUCUAGGACGAGAGGAAGCUGAUUACACCAAGUUUCCACUGAGUAUUUUCUCUGUGAAGACUGAAGAUGAUGAAGAGAAACCACAAGUAGACAACCUCUUAGCUCCACUAUCAGAUAGUGAGGCUGAAGACGAGGUUGAAGAACCUUUGAGCAGCGAUACAGACUGUGAAGGUGAUAUGAGGACUCACACUGACAACAAACACUCUGAAUGCUCUACAAAGAAGAGAGGUAAAACAUGUUUGAGCUGCUCAGUUUGUGCUGAAAAUUUUACUAAAAAGAGCCAUUUGACUCAACACAUGAGAACACACACAGGAGAAAAAUUAUUUAAGUGUUCAUUUUGUGGCAAAAGCUUUUCUCAAAAUAGCCAUUUGACUCGACACAUGGGAACACACACAGGAGAAAAACCAUUUAAUUGUUCAGUUUGUAGCGAAAGCUUUUCUCAAAAUAGCCAUUUGACUCGACACAUGAGAACACACACAGGAGAAAAACCAUUUAAUUGUUCAGUUUGUGGUGAAAACUUUUCUCAAAAUAGCCAUUUGACCGAACACAUGAGAACACACACAGGUGAAAAACCAUUUAACUGUUCGAUUUGUGGUAAAAACUAUUCUCUUCAGAGCACUUUGACUGAACACAUGAGAACACACACAGGUGAAAAUACAUGUAAUUGUUCAGUUUGUGGCAAAGGCUUUUCUGUUAAGAGGAAUUUGAAUCAACACAUGAGAACACACACAGGUGAAAAACCAUUUAUUUGUUCAGUUUGUGGCAAAAGCUUUUCUGUUAAGAGGAAUUUGACUCAACACAUGAGAACACACACAGGUGAAAAACCAUUUAAGUGUUCAGUUUGUGGCAAAAUCUUUUCUCGAAAUACCUCUUUGACUGAACACAUGCGAACACACACAGGUGAAAAACCUUAUAAGUGUUCAGAUUGUAGCAAAAGCUAUUCUGUUAAGAGCAAAUUGACUCAACACAUAAGAACACACACAGGUGAAAAGCCAUUUAACUGUUCGAUUUGUGGUAAAAACUAUUCUUCUCAGAGCACUUUGACUGAACACAUGAGAACACACACAGGUGAAAAUACAUUUAUUUGUUCAGUUUGUGGCAAAAGCUUUUUUGUUAGGAGGAAUUUGACUCAACACAUGAGAACACACACAGGUGAAAAACCAUUUAUUUGUUCAGUUUGUGGCAAAAGCUUUUCUGUUAAGAGCAGUUUGAUUGAACACAUGAGAACACACACAGGUGAAAAACCAUUUAGUUGUUCAGUUUGUGGCAAAAGCUAUUCUGGUAAGACCACUUUGAUUGAACACAUGAGAACCCACACAGGUGAAAAACCAUAUCAUUGUUCAGUUUGUGGCAAACGCUUUUCUAUUAAGAACAAAUUGACUCAACACAUGAGGACACACACUGGACUAAGACCAUUUAAGUGUUCAGUUUGUAGUAAAAGCUUUCCUCAUAACGGCUCUUUGUGGCGACACAUGAGAACACACGCUGGAGAAAAAACAUUUAGUUGUUCAGUGUGCUGUAAAAGGUUCCCACAUAAUGCAGACGCAGUAAGACACUCAAGAACACACAAAGGGACAUAACCAAUUAGCUGUUUAGUUUGUGGUAUGUUGCUCAUAUGUGGCGACAUCCACCCUACCCAGGACCUCCUCACUGCUUCUUUCACAAAUAUCUGAGGUAUUCAUACAAACUUGGAUUAUUUGGAGCAUAAUCUUAUCUACUCAUGACCCCAUGUCUUCUCUGUAUCUGAAACCUUCCUGAACAAUUAACCCCCAACCCCCACCUCCUUCGACAUUCGGGCAUAACCGGUUCAAUCCGGCCCGCGAGAUGAGUUUGCAAAGUGUAAAAUUCAGCUGCAUUUUUUAAUGAAACAAAAUGCCAUUCUAAAUGUGUCCACUGGAUGUCGCAAUAGAAGUUCUGUUAGGCAAGUAAAUAGUUUAUACCGGGGCGAGCAAGUAUACCAAGCAAGAGGUACACGGUAAAGCGGGGCUGUGACUCCUCCCCCUCCACCCAACGUAAAACAGGAGUAAAAUAAGCAAUCAGUAACCCCACUUAAAAUGCAGCAUGAGACACUGCACACUGAUAUAGUUCUGUGAAAAUGAUUGUCUUCUGUGCAAAUGUAAAGAAAGUGAACAGUGUGUGAUUUACUGCAAUACUGUCAGUCUUUUAACUUUUUAUUUUGUGCUUUGUUGAAAUUGUUCACACAUUGCACUGCUUUGGUUUUUCUAUCGGUACACAGUAGAGAAUAAAGGAAAUACUUUUUGUCAAAAAGUGAUGACGUCAUAUAAAUUUAAUAUGAAAAAAAAUAAAACAAACAAACUAAAGUCCCGCCCCCUGACUUCCGGUGUAUAUGUCCCGCCUUCUGGUAUCUGGCUAAGAUUUGACAGAUCAAUCUGUGAAAGAUGUGUCUAUUUCACCGCUAAAUAUAAUAUAUAUUUGAUUUGACGGGUCUUCAAAAUAUGUGAAAACAAUAAUCUAUAUAUUUAAUAUAUUUACUAUAAUUAAUAUGAUUUUUUUUUGCAGCUGUAGUCACUGUGUGUAGACUUGAAGGGGGUCUCGUAUCCUUAGUAAGGGCUUUUUUUCUAACAGGAAAAUUGGGGGUCUGUUUUAUCAGAUGUCCGGUGAAUUGAGAUAAAGAUGACCUGUUAUCAAAGCUCUACUAUGGGGGGUGUGGGGGUCCCCACCCUCCUGUCUGUUGUAGUCUAAAACUGAUCUUGACAGCUGUUGAUUGAUGAAAGAAAAAUAGAAGCAGUCAUAUAAGCAUGCGUGCAAUCCCAUUAAUUAAAUCAAAUGUGCUGGGUCGUAGGAAUGGGAACAGUCACAUCCUUCAUGAUUGAAUGUAACCACGCUCCCCAUCGUUGGAUG